AGAAGACUUCAGAAUUGUCCGGGGAUCACGUGACGCUUUGCUACUACGUUUGAUCGAUGCGAUGUUUGUCGUUUGCGUCAAAGGCAUUAAAGAAGGCCGCGCUUUUCCUUUGUGCCGAUGCUCUGUCGUGGGGGUGCGCCGGCUCGAACGACCGCAUCGGUGCUGGAGGGCCGACGCCGGGACGAAGCCCUCGACGACGGGAAGAGCGGGGGCCAGAGGCGGCUAAGCGAGGCCUAGUGCACGUCACGUGACCAGCAUGCGGCGUAGAGUUUGAUUAAAAAAAAGAAGAAGAAGAUGGCGUGAGCGCGGCGGCGCGGACAGGACAACAACCGAACGAGCGCUGCGAGGCGCACUUAUUGCGGACGUACAGCGCCCCGUCAACCGCCCCUCAAAUGGAUCCCGGGCAGGAUUUACUUCUCACGGCUCUCAGCGAGAGCGGCAUUUGCCCCAACGACAUCGGAGUUUUUGACGUCGAUUCUCAGGAUGUCGCGCAGCCCUCCACAGCUCAGCAAUCUAUCUCCAUCAACGCCCUGGACGUCGGCUUAGGGACAGAGUCCGGGGAAGUCGCUCGAACCGAAACACAGUCUCCAGGCCCCAUCGUGACUAUCAGGCACCAUAAACCUCAGCCCUCGACCACCACGUUUGUCUUAAAUCAGCUCAAUCAGCUGCCCUCGCUCGGGGCGGCGCCCACCAAGCAGUCGGCCGGCAACCCGGUCAAGCACACCAUCACCGUCACCAAGGUGGUCCACGUGGCCAACAGUGCCGUGCGGGGCUCAUCCACGGCCACCUCCGCAAGCAACCCCCCCUCAGCAUCCGCAGCUGUGCCUUCGAACCACGACCAGAUUCAGUUAAAAGACCUCCUCAGGGCGGGAGGGGGGGAGAGUUCGGCCCUGAAGGGCAACAGUCUGGUGGAGCUCAUGAAACUCAAGCCGCCGCCGGACAUCGCCACGCCGGUUGCUACCGCUACGGGCCCCGGUGAGAUGAACAAUGGCGUCAAGAAGGAAAACCCGGCCAAAGAAAACAUUGGAACCUGGAAUCACGACGAGCUCAAAAUGCACGCUUUCUCACAUUCGCCGAACGCGCCCGGGAUGAGGGAGGAGGACGAGCCCGAGGAGGAGGAAGAGGAGGAGUUGGGUCAUGCGGAGACGUACGCGGAGUACAUGCCGAUGAAGCUAAAAGUUGGCCUGCGCCAUCCCGACCCAGUGGUGGAGACCAGCUCCCUGUCGAGCGUGAGCCCGCCUGACGUGUGGUACCGCCUGACCAUCCCGGAGGAGGUCAUCGACCGCGGCUGCCUGUCGGCUCUGCAGCUGGAAGCCAUCACGUACGCCGCCCAGCAACACGAGACGUUCCUGCCCAGCGGCGACCGAGCGGCCUACUUGAUCGGCGACGGUGCCGGCGUGGGGAAGGGCCGCACCAUCGCCGGGAUCAUCUAUGAGAAUUACCUCUUGGGCAGGAAGAGAUCUCUUUGGUUUAGCGUUUCCAAUGACUUGAAGUAUGACGCCGAGCGGGAUUUGAGGGACAUCGGAGCCAAGAACAUCCAAGUUCAUUCCCUGAACAAGUUCAAGUAUGGCAAGAUCUCCUCUAAACACAACGGCAGCGUGAAGAAGGGCGUCAUCUUCGCCACCUACUCUUCGCUGAUCGGAGAGAGCCAGUCGGGCGGCAAGUACAAGACCAGGUUUGAGCAACUGCUCCACUGGUGCGGCGAGGACUUUGACGGCGUCAUCAUCUACGAUGAAUGUCACAAAGCUAAAAAUGUGUGUCCCAUCGGCUCAUCCAAACCCACAAAAACGGGGCUGGCGGUGUUGGAGCUUCAGAACAAACUCCCCAAGGCUCGUGUGGUGUACGCCAGUGCGACAGGUGCCUCGGAACCUCGAAACAUGGCCUACAUGAACCGCCUGGGCAUCUGGGGCCACAAAACACCCUUCAAGGAAUUUGGCAACUUCAUUCAAGCAGUCGAGCGCAGGGGCGUGGGCGCCAUGGAGAUCGUCGCCAUGGAUAUGAAGCUGAGGGGAAUGUACAUCGCGCGGCAGCUGAGUUUCACGGGCGUGACGUUCAAGAUCGAUGAGGUCCCGCUGACUCAGCGCUACAUCCACAUGUACAACAAGUCGGUCCGGCUGUGGGUGAGCGCCCGCGAAAAGUUCCAGCAGGCGGCCAACCUGAUGGAGGCCGAGCAGCGUAUGAAGAAGUCCAUGUGGGGCCAGUUCUGGUCGGCUCACCAGAGGUUCUUCAAGUACCUCUGCAUUGCCUCCAAGGUCCGCAGGGUCGUCCAACUGGCCAGGGAGGAGGUCCAGAAUGGCAAGUGUGUGGUGAUUGGCCUGCAGUCCACCGGAGAAGCGAGGACUCUGGAGGCUUUGGAGGAGGGCGGCGGAGAGCUUAACGACUUUGUGUCAACCGCAAAAGGUGUGCUGCAGUCGCUGGUGGAGAAGCAUUUCCCGGCUCCUGACAGACAGAAGCUUUACAGCCUGCUGGGUAUCGACCUCUCGGCCAAGAAGACCCCCUCGCCCAACGACUCGACGUCGCAACCCCAGCAGAAGGGAAAGAAAAGAAAAGCGCCGGAAAGCAAGCCCAAACAGCAGAAGAGGCCUCGCAAGCACGGCGGACUCUCGGGCACCAGCUCGGACGAGAGCCAAUCGGACGAGUCGGACAAAGACUCGGCCAGGGACCUCGACAGCGACGACAGCUUCAAAUCGGUCAGCUCGGCGGACGAGGACGACGACUUCAACCCCUUUCGAGAUGAGACCGAUGAGGACGACAAGGACGAUCCCUGGCUCAUCCGAAAGGAGCCCAAGAAGAGCAAAGAGAAAAAGAAGAAGAAAAAGCGAAGGAAGAGCAUCGACCCCGACUCCAUUCAAAGUGCCUUGUUGGCUUCGGGCCUGGGCUCCACCCGGCCGACGUUCUCCGCCCCCGUCGCCCCUACGCCCGCGCCCGCCGCAGUGAAAGCGGAGCCUGAAGACAGCUGCUUGACCAGCCAGGACGCGGUGGAACACGCUCAGAAGAUGAAGCGGGACCUCCUGGAGAAACUGGAGGAGCUGGCCGAGGCGCUGCCGCCCAACACGCUGGACGAGCUCAUCGAUGAGCUCGGAGGACCCGAAAAUGUUGCAGAGAUGACCGGUCGCAAAGGCCGCGUGGUCAGCAACGACGACGGCACCAUCACGUACGAGUCUCGCUCGGAGCUGGACGUCCCCGUGGAAAUCCUCAACCUGACCGAGAAGCAGCGUUUCAUGGACGGGGAGAAACACAUCGCCAUCAUCUCGGAGGCGGCCAGCUCGGGCAUCUCGCUGCAGGCCGACCGCCGGGUCAAGAACCAGCGCCGCAGGGUCCACAUGACGCUGGAACUGCCGUGGAGCGCCGACCGGGCCAUCCAGCAGUUCGGAAGAACUCACCGGUCCAACCAGGUCACGGCCCCGGAGUACGUCUUCCUCAUCUCCGAGCUGGCCGGCGAGCAGAGAUUUGCCUCCAUCGUGGCCAAAAGAUUAGAAAGUCUUGGGGCGCUGACGCACGGUGACCGAAGAGCCACGGAGACGCGAGAUCUCAGCAGGUUUAACUUUGACAACAAAUACGGCCGAAACGCUCUGGAAAUCGUGAUGAAGUCGAUAGUGAAGCUCGACACCCCGCUCGUGUCGCCGCCCUCUGACUUUCAGGGAGAUUUCUUCAAAGACGUUCAAAGGGGCUUGAUAGGCGUGGGCCUCAUCAAUGUGGAGGAGCGAUACAACGCGUUGUCCCUGGACAAAGACUAUAACAACAUUGGGAAGUUCCUGAACCGCAUCCUGGGCAUGGAGGUGCAUCAGCAGAACGCCUUGUUUCAGUACUUCUCCGACACGCUGGCGGCCGUCAUCCAGGAAGCCAAGCGCAACGGCAGAUUCGACAUGGGCAUUCUCGAUCUCGGUUCCGGUGAUGAGAAGGUGAAGAAGGUGGACUGCAAAAAGUUCCUGACCCCGGGCUACACGGCGUCGGGUCACGUCGAGCUCUUCACGGUGGGCGUGGAACGGGGGAUGUCCUGGGAGGAAGCGACGCACGCCUGGGCUGAACAGAACGGACCCGAUGAUGGUUUCUAUGUGCAGUCGCGGAACAACAAGAAGACGGCCAUCCUGGUGAAGGAAGUGAACGCAAAGAAGAGGCUCUUCCUGGUCUACCGGCCCAACACGGGCAGGCAGCUCAAGCUGGAGACGUACGCCGACAUCAAGAAGAAGUUUAAGAAGGUCUUGUCGGAAGACGCCAAGCAACACUGGAACGAGCAGCACACCUCAUCGGCCAAGAUUUGUUCGCACGCUUUCUGGCGGGGCAACUGUAAGAAGGCUUCAGUGGGGCUGCAGUGCGAGAUCGGCCUGCGCUGUCGCACGUACUACGUGCUGUGCGGCUCAGUGCUGAGCGUGUGGAACGAGCUGGAGGAGGUGCUCACGCCCGUCAGCGGCACCAACGUCAAGGUGCAGAUCGUCCGUCUGCGCACUGAAGACGGCCAGCGGAUAGUCGGACUGAUCAUUCCGGCCAACUGCGUGUCGCCGCUAAUACACAAGCUGUCCACUUCGGACCAGUUCCAGCAGCUGGCUGUGCUGGAGCAGCACAAGAGGCAGCAGCUUCACCCCCAAAGUCUGAGCCACGCGCCCAACACAUAGUGGCGCCAACGCAGACUGCUGUACAUACAAAAGAACUGUUUCAGGGUUGUUGUUGUUGUUUUGUUUUUUAUUAUUAUUCUCUUUUAAUUUGGAAGACUUGCCAUCACCCCUUCAUCCGACGGGGGUGAUGUUUUUUUGUCCUCUGACAUUCAGAGUGGAAGAUUCACGACGACCCACCCUCCCCCCUUCCCGGCAACACUUGAAACUAACCGCUACGUUACAAUCCAAUAAUAAACCCUUCAGACUUUCA